GAGUGGUAUACUCCGACUAUUACAACAUGCGCAGUAGUGACAACCAGUAUGGCCGACAAAGACGGAAUCGAAUCGAUAUUUCUCUGAACAAAGAUCGAAAACGGGCAAAAAUCAGACAACAUGGAGCAAGAGGACAUUGCAAAUGCGGACGUUGACACUCUUCGUUCGAGGGUCGAAGAGCUACAGAAAGAGAAAAAUGAAAUGGAAAAGGAUUUUGCCCAGAAGAGAGGAAAAUUCAAGGAGAUUUUUCUCGCCAAGGAAGAGGAACUUCGUAAGGAGCACCAGAAGAGAGGCGAGUACCAGCAGACUGUGGACUCUCUACAGAAACAGGUCCAGACUCUACAGGCGGAGGUCGACGACCUGAAGACCACAAACACCAUCCUGGAGACGACCAAACAGGACGAGGUGGACGAGAUCAGGAGGAAAUGUCAGGAGGAGAUCGCCUCUCUACAGGCCAUUAUGAAAGAAGCUGCCCGGGAUGCGAGCCAGGCCACAGCCUCCAAGUACGAGUCGAGGUUUGAGGAGGAGCGGAGCCGCUGGUCCAGGUACCAGGAGAAGAUGGAGCAGCAGCUGCAGGAACUCAAGGAGAAAAUGGCUGAGCCAAAAGAAGAGAGUGUCCUGGCUUCUGUAGCUAAGUCCUUACGUAUGGUGAGUAUGGGAGCCAGUCCCUCCAGCACUACAACCUCCACAUCCACCUCACUCAGCACUGAGGAUGAAAACCUGGAGGCACACAUGAAAAAGGCCCAAGAGGAGGCAGAGAUGCUGCGAUCCGUUGUCAUGCCGAUGGAGAAGGAGAUCACAUCUCUUAAGGAGAAACUCAGGCUGAGUCAGGACAGAAUCCGAGAACUGGAAGGACGGCCUAGAGCUGCUACUGUCAGUGAUCCCACAUCAGUGGAAGUCCCUACUGUAGACACUGGCAUCAGGGCUAGCACUAGUGAGGUGCUUCUCAAGGAAGGGGAGGAUCUGGGAGAAAAGGUUCGAGAGUUGAACCACUACCUGGAGGUGGAGAAGUCAUCUCGGACAGACCUGGAGAUGUACGUGGCCGUGCUCAACACACAGAAGACUGUCCUACAGGAGGAUGCAGACAAACUCAGAUCUGAGCUACAUGAUGUCUGCAGACUCCUUGAGGAGGAGAAGAGAAAGCACGCUGAGCUGAAGAAGACGUGGGAGCUGGCCAAUGACCAGUUCCUGGAGUCCCAGCGCCUGAUGUUGGCCGACCUGAAGAGAAUGAGCGGCGUGCUCAGCGAGGAACAACAGCGACAAGUCCAAGAGCUGCAGAAGCAGGAUGCAGAGCGGGAGGCACAGCAGAAGAGGAUCCAGCAGCUGCAGCAAAUGAGAGAUGAGCAGGAGAGACUGCAGCAGCAGCAACAGCAACAAAGGGAGUUCUUCUCGACUUUCCUUGCACCUCUGCAGAGCACGCCCCGCGCUAAAGAACUGGUGGGGGAGCAGAGCGAUAGUUCGGCCACCUCCACCCCCACCCAGGAAGUAAAGAGCCAGGCCACGACCACGAGUAGUCUAUCUCCACCUGCAGUAGUUAAAUCACAGGUGUUACGGGAAGAACAAAAGUCUGUAGCAUUAAAUAAAGCCCUCUCCUUACCAACCCAACACGUCAAUGAGUCUGAAAAAGCUUUAGUUUUAGCCGAAGUUCUCCCAUCACCAACUGAAACAGUUGAAAUCUCAGCCAAACACAACCAUUUGAAUCGUUCCUCCUCUUUAGGUCAGCUGCAUUCCCACCCCGUGCAAAAUAUGACAAAUCUUUCCACUUUAACUCAUAGCUAUGAAGAUCUUUCCUCCCACAAAGUGCCAUUUAGUUCAGACCAACCAGCCAGAGAUGACAGUGAAAGUCAGACCAGCCCAAUAUCAGUUCCUACCCCACAGAAUGACCUCAAUAUCUGUAGGAAGUCAUACCCGACAACCAGUGUCCUUUCUCUAAUCCAAAGCAAGCUAGAGACAGUCAAAGAAACCUUGACUCCUCCAAAAGUGAAGCCCUCAAGCCCUUCCUCAUCUGUGGAAUAUGAAGACGAUCUUUCCUCCCCAGAAAGACAAGAGACUCCUCCUCAGGAAUCCAAACUGAAGGAGAAGUUUUCCUACCCCAACGUUGUUGCUGAGGUUAGUAGUAAACUAGAUUCCGUCAGAGACAAGCUGUCUUCUUCGCCGUCAUUACCCCAGCUACAGGAAGAUCUUCCCUCCGCACAAGAUUUUAGAACCAGGCUUCAAAAAAGUCUCUCUCAGCCCGGCCUCCUUGUGAUGUCCAAAGUUCAGAGUGGGAUCGACUCGGUACGAGACAGGCUAGCGUCUCCCCCGGCGAGGGUUCGACAGUUUCAGGACAGCUUCUCGGAGAUGUUCGUCCCUAGAGGUGGUUCCACGUUUUACGACGAGGAGCUAGCGGAACUCGAUGACGACGAAGUGAAAGCGAAUGAGCUCCUUGCAAUGUCCGAGUCUUGGGAAAAGGAUUUCCUGUUCAUAAUGCCCGAGAAGGAUGGGGAAGAGGUAACGAUGGAGGAGCCCUCUAAAGAGUUCCAACCCAAGCCCCCCCCACCGGCAGUUGUCAUCCAACUCAACAUGAAAGAGGUUAAACCUGAGCCACCCUCACCAGCACCCCCCAUGAGAAAGAAAAGGCUCCAAAGGCUUCUGUCCGGCCCAGAGGCUGUGCCCAAGUUAUCCAGUAGUAAAACCUCCUUGGGAAGUUCCUCAGCGAGGUCUUCCACAGCUUCUAUCAGCACACAGAAGUCAGAAGAAUCAGCACAUAGUCCUUCAACUGAGGAGGCCAUAAUCAGGAGAACUCAGUCCAGCUCCUGUAUAGAAGGGGACACGCUCAAUGUCGGCAGUAUGUCGCUGUUGGAGAGACCCAAGUCUGCGGAGAACCUGGCAUCGUCGCAGAGUUCGGAGGAGUUUGGGCCGUUUGUGAGCGGAGACGAGGACAGGGUGUCUCAGCUGAGCUUCACGCUAACGGAAGCACAGCAGAAAGCAAUCACAGCCCAAACCCCUGAGAACGAGGAGGUCCAGACGUUGGUAGCGGCUGCGAAGGCCUCCAGUAGUGAACCUUCAGCCUCCAUGGUGGGGAAGAGACUGGUCAGUGAUAAGGAGUGGGAGUGGCUACAACAGGAGGUGAAGGCUGCCAGAGAAAAACUUGGCCGUCCGUGUGACAUGUGUAGUAACUACGAACAACAGCUGCAGAAUGUACAGGAGAGCGAGAAGGACGUCCGCGACACCAUGGCCAAACUUCAGUCUGACCUGGAGCGAGAGCAGAAGAACAGGGAAAAGAGAGAAAAGAACAUGGAGGAGUUGGAGGAGAGUGUGAAAAACGCUGGGCAGGAUGCUCAACAGCAACUGACCUACUUCACCUUCAAACACGAGGAGUCGGAGAAGUUCUUGACAGAUGUAAGACAACAGUUCCUCAGGUGGCAGAAUGACACCACAGAACAAAUGAAACUUCUGGUUGAAUCCAGAGAACAAGUUUACAAUGAGCUGCAGAGACUGCAGCGUGAGAAUGACAGUCUGCAGGGGAAGUACACCCUGCACAAGUCCCUGCAGCAGAGUGAGGGCUUCGUCAUGCCACAGGGUCUGGAGGAGCUACAGACCCUGAUAUCCAGAUACCGACAGAACAUCCUGACGGUGAAGACGUCAGCGGAACACAUGGAGGACAAACUGCGGAGUGAGAUCAUGUUCCUGAAGGACAGGGUCAAGGCCGAGCAGGUGGCCAAGGACAACAUCGAGGAGACCCUCAGUUCUGAUCUGGAUGUGGCAAGGGAUGAGAUGGUGAAAUUACAGAAUAUCAAAACAGACUAUGACAAGGAGAAGACCGAAAAGACUGAGUUGGAGGCAAAACUAAAUGAACUUCAACAGUCCAAGAAAAGCAUAGAGACGAAGUCUAAACAAGUCAUCACAGCUCUUCAGCAACAGGUGGAGGAACUGACUGCCCUGAAGACAAAGCUGGAAGCUGAGGUGAGGGACCUCCGUGUGAAGAUCCAGGGUCUGCAGGCAGACCUGGACAACAGUGAGGCUGUACAGAGGGACUUUGUCAAACUCUCACAGUCACUUCAGGUCCAGUUGGAAAACAUCCGCCAGUCGGAGAACGAGGUCCGCUGGCAGCACGAGGAGGACGCCACGGGGUGUCACCAGUGUAAGCAGCCGUUUCAACCAAAGAAAAAAGCUACCAAGCACCAUUGUAGACAUUGUGGGAAGAUCUUCUGUAACGAUUGCCUGUCCAAAAGCGUCCAGAGUGGCCCCAAUAUGAGGCCGUCGAAAGUCUGUGAUGUUUGCUACACCAUCCUGGUCAAUGAUUCCGCCCCCUACUUCAGCACGACACCCCCCACAACUGCUUAGACCCCUCCCCCCUAAUACACGUGCAUGUAGUGUAGAUAUUUUACAUUAGCAUAUAGGUUAGGAGAUUUUAGAAUAGGGGUACAAAAAGUUCAAAUGGAGCAGUGUUGUUCAUCCUGUUGAGUCUAAAUAUGUUGGAGAGAAUUCUGUUCCAUGUAUGAUAAUGGUAGUGGGUGUAACGGUACCAAAUUCUACAUGUAGCUGUAACCCUGCAAUAUAGACAGGGACAAGUCUUAAGUGUUAUUCUGGAGAGACCAUAUCCCAUCUAAACAUGAUGGAACCCCGUUUUCUGACCAAUUCCUGAACUCGACUCUGAAGCCUUUUUAUAAAUGGUGGUAGGAGAGAAAUAAAGUAGAUCUCAUGAGGCGAUGGUAGCAAGAAAAGUAAGACACCUUACUUAUUAGAAAGGUCUGUACGAGCUGUUAACAUCAUGAAGGAAAUGUGUUCUAACAGUAUUUUUACACUUACCAUAUUUUCUGUGUUGUCACGGAUUCUCCUGUCGAUUCUUACGACAUAUGAGCAGGCAAACAGUAUUAAAGUAUGCAAAUAGAUGUGCACCCCUGAAUUGGAGCAAGUCAUCGACAAAUCACACAUGUACAUGUAUGCCAGAGUCUAUGUUCACGCAGUGCAAAGUACAUAUAUGCCAGUAUAAGUAAAGUUUCUAUGCUUGAGAAUGUGUAUAGUAAGCCAUCAAACAAAUCUAAUGUUAAGUUGCAUUAUCUUCAUUUCUUGUUGUAACCCUUGCUGUUGGCCCAAAGCGCUCCUGUUAGCUGUGAAUUAAAAUGUACAUGUUGCUUUUUUGUAUCGUAAAUGCUAGUAUCAUUGUCACUGUCACAUUCAACACCUUUUAUAAGAAACCUGUUAGGAACAAAUUCUUACUGGAAAAUCAUAUCAUCAUGCAGCUGUCUAACUAACUGUAAGUGUUGUAGAGAAUUAAGUAUGUUACAAAGGUAUAGUACCUUCAAGUAAAUGAUUGUAUGUAUACACAUGUAUGUAGCAUUGCUACUGUUUUUACCAUGCCUCCAGUUAAGUGUAUCUAAGCCCAACUUUUUGAAGGACCAGUAUUAAAAGAAAAUGUAUCACAACACAAAGGCCUAAUAGGAAUAAGAUCUUGUUGAAGGUCACCCGACAGACCCUAGCAAAAACCUGGCAUUAAAUUUUCGAUUUGCCAUCUUAGUGAUGAGCACGUUGUAAAAUCAUCUUCCAGCAUAUUAUUCUUCUCAUUUCUGUUUUAUAGAAAAAUGCUAUGUAAAGAACCACCAACCCUAGAUACCCUUUAGCUUACACAUGCAUAAUAGUACAAUCAAUAUUAUGAUGAAAAUUCGUAAUGUCCUGAUGCAUUUUCAGUUUUGCAUUGUUGAACUGUAUGACACUGUAGUUUUGAAUCUUCAUGCAUAAAAUAGUACUCUUUUUACGAUACAAAAACUUGAUGUUUAGAAUAUGAUAAAAUGACUGUUAUCACUCAGGCAUAUUAUUUAAUAUAAUAUUCAUAUGUAUAAUCAAAAGAGGCUAUCUGAGAUGUUAAAUGAGUUUUAGACAUGUAAGUGAUGUGCAAACAUUUGCUCAGUGCACUUUGUGGUUUUGUGUAUGCUGCUAUGUUGUAAAAUGUUAAUUAGUAUUGUCACAAUGAAGUUAGUGAGGUUUCUUGCCGUUUUGUUUCUCCUUGGUAAGAUAACUUUUAAGGGCCUUUUCCUUUGAUAAGGGUUUUGAUGUUUAACAAGAAAGAAACUUUAAGUCAAACUGGGUGUAGGGGGUUAAAACGCCUUUUUUGUGACAUCCGCUUAUUUUUUCAUUGGUCAGCCAUUGUAAUUACCAACUAGUACAUCUUCAGUUGGAGGUUUCAUUUGUAUUAACUGCUUAUUGUGUUUAAGAGUAAAAAGUUUUUUGAUUAUCUAAGACACCAUUUAAGAACCCAGUACCUUCCAGUCCUGUAAUAUAAGGAAAGUUCACAUAAUUUUAUUGGUCAAAGAAAGUGAAGCUGUAGUUCCAAUGUAUAUGUUGUAAAUUUGCUUGAAGUUAACAUUUAAUUUAAUGUUACUCCUAAGAUGUAACUUAGAUUUGUUGGAAUAUGCAAUGACUCACAUUUGUGCUUUAUUUAUCUUUAUUAAAUGCAAUAUUUUAAUGUAGGAUCCAAGUCAUGCCUUUAAUUUAUCAUUAUUACAGAAACACACAUUUUCCAUUUCAUAUGCCAAAUAGCAUUCCAAAAUCAUCUCCAGUUGCUUGUCUAUUUGGCAUAACUUCAUGUACGAAAUAUCUCUCAUGUUUUGGAAAAAUAUGCGACACGUAACAUACAUGUUAGUAGUACUGCUAUUUAGGCCCAAGCUUUGAAUCAUGUACUUUUUUGUAUCUUGUACUUUUGAACACUGAAAUAAUCACUUUUCUUCAUCAGAUACAAAAUGUAGCUUUCAAAUAGCCAUAGUAACUGUCUGAGAGCUUCUUUAACUUCCAAUAUUUUACAUUUCUGGGCUAAUGUAAGACUAUAAGUAAAAGAAGCCCUCAAAUAGUUUUUGCCACUAGAUUCAUAAUGAUAUAAAUGUACAUGUAAGUAUACAAAUGUAGGUAAUUGCAAGUGAAUGUAAUUUGGAGGAAUGCAACAUCUUUGUCGAGCUUUCUUUGCACAAUGUAAAGCAAUCUUGUACAUAUAAUAUCAAAGAUAAAGCUUUACCAUAUUACGCAUUUAAUAGAAAUUAUGUUGUACUGUUGGAGUAAUAAAGAUCCAACCUAG